AUGGAUCUCUACUCGAUCCUCGAGCCUGAUCAUCAGCUUACGAGCACCAAGUCUUUGAAGCUCGUCGAACUGAACUCUGAGGUUUUGCAAGCAAUAGAAAAUAAGGCUGAGCUACGUUUGAAGUCUGCAACCAACAAAGACUAUCCGGUGCUAGUCACUGCGUCAAAGACCUUCAAAAUUCGGCAGAAAAACCACUCUAACUGUGUUCUACUUCUCAGCGAGCAUAAUGGUGACGCCUCAUCUUACGCAAGGUUCUCAAAUGAGCUUGUACUGACGCCUACAGAGCCAACCAUAAAUUUACGUGGAAUAUCAGUUCUCACACAACUGUCAGAACUGACCAAGAAUGGAGUAACCACCUUGGAGAGCGUCCUUGAAAAUUCUCCAAUGUCCGAGCAGGAAUUUGCGCGUCUGCGUCCUGAGCUCAACCUCGUCGAGCUAGAAGGAAACGCCUACGUUCUACACGAAGAACUUGUACGAGAUUGUCUCAGCAACAUACUGAGAGCCAUUAUUGAAGAGCUGGUGGAGUCCGGCAACGAGAUAAACAUAAUGACGCGGCUACAAUCACUCAAUAAGCAAUGGGUUAUGGAUGUGGUGGAGAAGCAUCGGGAGGAGUCGUACCCGCCAGAGAUUACGCAAACGGUGCUUGCCAAAUAUACCAAAGACUCAGACGGGCAACUGGCAUUUCUCAAUGAAAAAGUUGUGCGACUCUACGGCAUUUUGCUGCUCAAGAACAACACACACGAAAUGAAGGAAGACGACUUUGCGCUCAAUCUAAAACUUACAAUGCCUUUCAACUAUCAUCCGGACAUCAAAUUGGAGUAUCUCAAGGGGAAUUUCAUUACCGAAAAUGGGUUUAUCAGAUACUUUGCAGAGUCGGAUCUGAGUGAGAACCCUGUGGAGCGCAUCUCGGAGCUGUUUAAGCUAAAGAAAGAGUGGAAGCUUGAAGAUAUCGAGCCGUUUGUGGCAAGAAUCAACACCAAGAAAAUAAAGACCGAUAAAUUCCUCAUCAAGUAUGCAAAGGUUAGACGCGUGGGUAGGCAGACAGUGGUGUGUGCGAAAACGUAGCAGGAGUUUAUAUUAUAUUAAUAUUCUAAACGAUCACGCAACAGCCGGAUUUCUCGCUCGACUUUGCGGCAGAUGCACUAGUCUCUGGCUUUUUAGCGUUUUCAGACUCGGUGGUCGAUGCUUUCUUUUCCUCGGCAGGAGCUGAUGCGGAGUUCUCGCCUGCUGGUUCAGACACCUCCGUGGCACCAGUCUUGAGUGGAGCAGCGAGUUUGGUGGCAACCUCCGCAAAUUCCUGUCCCUGUAUGUAGGCUGUCUUCAACUCCAGUGCAGUUGGUACUCUGCUGCCAUCACUACCAGCAAUGGUGCCGGCACCCCAAGGCGAGCUUCCUUGCACCUCAUCCACAUUGCUGAGUUCAGAGUAGGCCUUGGCGUAGCCCAAUGGCACGUAGAUCAUACCGUGGUGAGACAGGAAGCUCAAGGUGUUUCUGAUGGUCGUCUCCUUGCCUCCACCAGUACCGGUGGAGGUGAAGAAUGCGGCUGGCUUAUGGUACAGAGCACCAGAGGCCCACAAGGCACCGGUAGAGUCAAACAAAGAGGUCAUUUGCGAAGGAGCUGCGCCGAAUCUGGUUGGGAAUCCAAAAACAAAACCAUCAUACUUGGUGAGAUCCUCAGCCUUGAUUUCAGGGAUGUCCUCCGGUUUUUCUGGGGCAUGAAUUAACUCGAGCACGUCUUGGGAUAAAGUCUCUGGGCCUCUGAACACCUCUGCUUCAGCACCAGCGGAUUCGAUACCCUUGGCAACUUCUUUGGCCAGUGUGGUAAUGUGGCCGUAUGUGGAGUACGUGAUGAUUGCAAACUUGGCCAUGCUGGAAAAUUGCAAACACAAAUUGUGGUUUUGUUUUUCGAAUAAAUAUGGCUGAAUAGGUCG